AUGUCUAUGCUUGCUACAGCAUCUCCCUCCUCUCAUCCCUCCUUCGGCAUGCCCCGCCCCUGGGAGGCCAACCGCUGCCCCGACUACUCUCUACGGCCGAGAACCGAGAACGACAGAGUUGCUCUCCCCUCCAUUCGACAGGCUUUCCCGGAACUACAGCUUCAACCCCAACCACCGCAAGACCUCAAUGCAAAGCCACACUCAGCAGGUGGCCCUCUGGGCGCACCACCAAUGAACUCAGCAUCACCGCAAUAUGUACACUCGCCUAAUGCUAGCAAGAGGAGGAGAUUGUCGAUGGAGCGCGAGCAGGAAAAUGAGAGAGCACGCCAAGUACCGCGCCUUCUAUACAGCCCCGACCGAGCAUCACCACGACAAAUCUCACCAAAUCUCCCUAUGCAGCAGGGAGCGCAGGAUAACUGGGGACCGGCCAGAACGAGUCCGUAUAUCGCAAACGGAUCGGCCCCUCACCCUGCUACAAUGGAGGUGAACGAGAGGGUAGAACCUCGACCAACACUUCCCAGUCUCCCACCACCGCGGACGAUGGAACGAGAAGCAGCCCCCGUUAACCGUGCGGUGGUGGAGGGUUAUCGAAGCUCGCAUCCCCCGAUGCCUCCCCACUCAGGGGCACCCGUCCCUGAAGCCGCGCCCUCGGCCUACCGCGAGCCCAACUACGCCUAUCCUUAUCACCACCCAACCCGAUACCAGUCACUCUCUGCGGGAUCUGUUCACUCGUUUGACCGGACACCGUUUACUGCAAACGGCUACAACACUCCCUACCAAGAUUUUGUGCGGUUCGGGGAGAUGGGCCCUUCGAGCCUCAACGGAGACAACAAGCAGCGGAAGCGAAGGGGCAACCUGCCCAAGGAGACUACAGACAAGCUCAGGGCUUGGUUUGUGGCGCACCUCCAGCACCCUUAUCCCACCGAGGACGAGAAGCAGGAGCUCAUGCGACAGACGGGACUACAGAUGAAUCAAAUCUCCAACUGGUUCAUCAACGCUCGACGUCGCCAGCUGCCGACCAUGAUCAACAAUGCGCGCGCCGAAUCUGACGCCAUGACGGGCGCCCGCGGCGGCGGUGACAUGAAAAUCCUCGCCACCACGGAACGCGGCGACUUUGAGCACGGCAAGCGGGAGCCGGUCGGACCCCUGAGCGACGGGGAGGGCGCCACCUACGACGAGGAUCUCGAGACGCUGAGCCAGCGAAGAACGGGCAAUGCCAUGGGCAGGGGCAGCGUCUAG